AUGGAGCAGUCACAGUGUAGCGGCAGAGACCGCAGCGGUAGCUGCCGACCUCACCUGGCCCCGGGGCUGGUGGCGGCCCCUCCAUCUGCGAGUCCGGUGUUGCCGGUACCCCCGGGGAUACCUGUUCCUCCAACUUUCUUGCGGCCGCCCAGCCUCUUUCUGCGGGCCGCCGCGGCCGCUGCUGCCUCCACCGCUGGAAGCGGAGGCUGCCCUUCGGCUCCCGGGCUGGAGAGGGGGGUGGGCACGGUGGGCUGUGGCUACCCGCGGAUGCCUAAGUGCGCCCGUUGUCGCAACCACGGCGUCGUGUCAGCGCUCAAGGGGCACAAGCGCUUCUGCCGCUGGCGGGACUGCGCUUGUGCCAAGUGCACCCUGAUCGCCGAGCGCCAGCGCGUCAUGGCUGCCCAGGUGGCGCUGCGCAGGCAGCAGGCCCAGGAGGAGAGCGAGGCCCGGGGGCUGCAGAGGCUCUUGUACUCUGGACCCUCGGGGCCCGGGCUUCGGACCUCUGGAGGCAGCAGCGGAACGGAAAACACCCUGGCGGCGAGCGUCCCUGCGGCAGUGACUGCAGUAGGACUGGAUGCCUUGAGACAGGCUAGUGGCCUGGCGACCCCUGCCUUUGAGGUUUUCCAGCCAGAUUAUACGGAGGAAAAGCAAGAACAAAGAGAGAGUAAAUGUGACUCAUGCCAGAGUGGACAAGAAGAACCAGUCUCCAAAUCCCAUCAUCCUACCCUGGAAUCACCUCCUAAGUCUAAUGGUGUCAUUGCAAAACAAAAUGUUAGGUCAUCUGUUUCAGAAAACUCAAACAAGGAUGCUAGCAUUCGGUCUCCUUACUCUGGGGAGCGAUCAGAAGGUGAAGAGAGUCCCAGAUCCCUAUCGUCCUCAGAUCUGGAAUCAGGAAAUGAAAGUGAGUGGGCCAAAGACUUCCUUGCUACCAGAGCCAGAAUUCCCACAGUGUCCUCAAGACCAAGAGAUCCUCUUGAUAUCCUUACUAAGAUUUUCCCAAGUUACAGGCGCAGCCGGCUAGAAGGCAUUCUACAGUUCUGCAAAGGGGAUGUGGUCCAGGCUAUUGAACAAGUCCUAAAUGGGAAGGAACACAAACCAGACACUAGGGACCUAGCAAGCUCAGGAGAGUUGGAAAAUACAGCUUUUCAGAGAGCUUCAAAUUUUAGUUUAGCUGGAAUUGGUUUUGGAACUCUAGGGAAUAAAUCAGCUUUCUCUCCUCUUCAAACAACGUCUACUUCUUAUGGCGGUGAUUCAAGUCUCUACAGUUUAAACCCUAGACUAGGUAUCAGUCCAUUACGGCUGGCAUAUUCCUCUCCAGGAAGAGGGCUGUCGGGUUUCAUGUCUCCCUACCUAACUCCUGGGUUGGUACCAGCAUUGCCUUUUCGCCCAGUUUUGGAUUAUGCCUUUUCGGGGAUGAUUAGGGAUUCUUCCUGUCUUUCCAGCAAAGACUCCGUAACUAGUAGCAGACUGUAUUCCAGGCUGAAUCAGGACAAGCUAUAACACAUCUGCCUAUUCUCCCUUUCUGGAGUAUUUCUAGAAGCAUUCAAUACAACCCCCACACCUAUACCCACACUCAUACCUGUUAAUGUGUUCACUGUAUAUGUGAGUGGAUUAUCAGGCCUUAAAGAUAAAAUUUUUUUUUACAAGCAAUGUAAUAAACUUGAGAUCUAAAGACACUUCUUUAGCAUUUAUUAAGUGAAAGAAGCAUUUAAACAUAUGUUCCUUGA